UAAUCCGUCCAAGGAACCAUCUUAGAUCUUUCUUCCCCCUUCUUCCCUUCGAAUUCAGAGAAAAGUGAAGAGAUGAAGAAGGCGGAAACGGCAGCAGAGGAGGAAGAAUACAUGGCUAUUCGUAGAGCAGUGAAAGGGCUCCACUUUGGCCGGUGGGAGGAGAAGGAGGCUGCGGCGGCGACCAUAAGGGAUUUGGCGAAGAGAGAUGCGAGCAAAAAGAGAGCUUUGGCGGAGCUCGGUGUCAUUCCGUCGCUCGUCUCCAUGCUUGUGGAGGCUAAGGACGGCGGCGCUUGCCGGAGUUUGGCUUCGGAGGCUCUGGUUGAGCUCGCCAAUGGCUCCUUCACGAACAAAGUCCUAAUGGUAGAUUCCGGCCUCCUCACAAAACUUCCCCAACUCCAUUCAAAAACAAACCUUUCAACCAUACAGUCACUGACUCCUCUCCUCCACUCCAUCUCCUCCCUCGCCAAAGCUCAAUUUCCCAUCAACUCCCUCCCCAUCCUCUCCUUCCUCCUCCCCCUCCUCCGCUCUCCCUCGCCGCCCACCGACACCACAACCCUCACCUCCACCACCACCACUCUCUACAAUCUCUCCACUCAACUCGACAACUCCAAAUCCAUCAUCUCCGCCGGCGCAGUGCACCUCCUACUCAACCUCUGCUUCCUCCAAACCAAAGCGACAGAACCCGGCCUCGCAACUCUAGCAAACCUUGCACUCACCGAAGAAGGAAAGAGAGCCAUUGAAGAAGACUCAUUAGUCCCCGAAGUGUUGGUGGCUGUCAUGGCAAGAGACGAGGAGCCAAAGUGUCAGGAGCUGGCGGCUUAUCUAUUGAUGGUUGUUGCGAGAAGGAGUGUGGAGAAGAGGAGGAGAAUGGUGGAGGUGGGGGUUGUUGAAAUGUUAAUGGAGGUUGGGCUGAUAGGGAGAAGCAGGCUGGUGAGGGAAAGAGCGAUUCGUAUGCUUGGGUGGCUUAAGGAUGGGAGGAAUGGAGAGAUGGAGGAGGAAGGAUAUGUGAAGAGUUGCAGAAGAGAGAUUAGGUGUAUGGUGAAGCAGAGCCUUGAUAGGAAUAUGGAGAGUAUAUUGAGGAGAGGUGGGGGGAAGAAGAAGAAGAAUACGAAGAAUUGUUCUGAUUUGAAGCUUUUUGUUGCUGACUAAGAAUUCGUUUGGGACGGCUUUUUUAUUGCUUUCUAAAACGGAGUUUUAGUACAAAAAUAAAAAAAUUUGUAUAAA